CGCGCCGUGGUCUGCCAGUUUUAGUCCUCCACGUCCUGAUCCUCGCAUGCCGCUCCCUGAAUCUCCGGAUCGAUAAGGACCGAUUCCUCCUCCCGAGCCGCUCGCGCGGGCGGCUCCGGACGCGCUAACCCUAGCUAGCCCCGCGAGUGCCUCCCUCCCCGAGCUCCCUUGGCCGUCGACGCCGGCGGCGAUGGCAGCGCGCUCCGACGGGCCUCCCACGCGCGGGCGAGUGGCGUCAUGUGGGCGACGCGGUGGUCUCUCCGGUGUGGAGGUGUGCGAUGAGGUGCGUACAGGGAGGCGGAGCACGGUCGCGGGAUUUUGGAGGAGGUGCUGGUGUGCGGCGGUUCUCCUGAGAGCGCCCGGCGGUUGUCGGAGGGGGCGGCGCGCCCGGUCAUGGAGGCAGCGAAUCUCGGCCAGGUGGGCUGCAAAAGCGGCGGUCGGGAGCUGCUGCAGUAGACGGGGCGUGCUUUGCCUCCUGUUGCUGCCGGAGUGGGUGCUGCAGGUGGAGUUGUGGAUGGAGAUGGUGUUGGAGCGGGUUGGAUCUGAGAUGGCGCUCGGACCAGCGGCCUUGAGCGGAGAGCUCCAUGUGGUGGCGUUGGUUGUUUUCUGUUCGUGGGUUUCAGGUGGCGAUGGUUUCAGGUGGCGAUGGGUUUCUGUGCGUGGCUGUCCAAAAGGAGUGGGGCGUUCAGCCAUCGCUUUGAGGCGCCGGCGCCCAUGGCCGUGUUGGUUUUGGAUGGUGGUUUGGAGCUGCUUUUCCUCUGGCCGUGCGGAAGGCGGAUGUUGGUCUGUGUGCCCAUGGCCGUGCAAGGCGCAGUUGUUCUGCAAUGUCAGGUUCACGAUGGCAAGGUGCUGCUGCGGCGGCGGUGCGAUCCUUCACAGAUGAGUGGCCACAAUUCUUCUCCAGGGAUAGGAGAUGGACGACGUUACGGAUGAAAAGCCUGCCCGUCUCCAGUCUAUUUUUGCUCCGGAUAAGUGAUUCUUCCGUCAUAACAUGACGAGGUUCUUCAGUUACACACCUGCAACUUAUUUUUUUUUCCUUUCUAUUUUUGCAGAUUUUGAAUUCAGUGCAGUAGAGAACACCUACAAAAUAAUCACAAGGAUUCAUGAACUCACUUUCGAAUGGCAGAAAUGUGAUGUUCAAUUGGCAUUAACCCGAUUGAUUUCUUGCCUGGGAAGGGGAGACCGAGGAGGAAAUGGCGACCAAGAGGAGCGUGGGCACCCUGGGCGACAAGGACCUCAGGGGGAAGAAGGUGUUCCUCCAUGCCGAUCUGAACGUUUUGCUGGACGACAGCCAGAACAUCACCGACGACAAUGGCAUCCGCGCCUCCAUGCCGUCCAUCAAUUUCCUCAUGGGGAAGGGUGCCAAGGUCAUCCUGGCCAACCAUCUGACUUAGGAUCGUAGGGAAAGUGUGGACUGUGGAUUCAUACCAGAACUGGAUUGGCGGCGUCAACAACAAUAUUCAAGAUUUCAUGUUUCGUUCAUUUUCAAGCAUCUCUCUUAAAAGGCAAUAUAUGCAGGUUCAUCAUUCAUGCGAGGGAUAUGAAAGAUGAAACAAAAGUAAAAGGUGUUUAUGCCUAUGGAGCAUCAUAAUUGUGAAAUUGUGUCGUGUUGAUUUUAUAAAUCCAGUAUCCUACUACUUGCAGUUUUUGUAGUUCAAUCAAAUAGUACAAUUUUCUAAUGAUAUUUGUUAUGGUUAGAUAUAAAAAUUUCAACAUUUCAAGGUUCCGUGAGAUGAGAUGAUGGCUCAUAUGUGUCAUUUUGACAAAAGUCCCACUACGGUCAGAUCUUUUGGUUCAAUUAGAUAAUGCAAUUUUCAAAAUGAUAUGGUGAUAUGUUCCUUGUCACCUGAAUUUGUGCAUGAAUUGGCUACAUAUCUGCAAAGCUAACUAAAUAAGAAUGAGAUGAAUUACAUGUCUGCAACGCUAAUGAAAUAUGAACGAGAUGAAUUUCCUAACCGCAGUUUUUGCCGGAGCUUACUAUGAAAGAAAAGCUCUAUGCCAAAAUCACCACUCUCCUAUUGUUUUUAUUUUCAUCGGUUUCAUUCUUCACCAAGCCAUGGAAAAUCUCUAUGAAUAGCAUCAACUAGGAGUAACUAUGUUUGGUUCUAGGCCGCCCUGCUCCAUGUAAGUCGACAAGUCUUCUGCAGUAUCAGUCUGCUAACAAAUACUCCCUCCGUAAAGAAAUAUAAGAGCAUUUAGAUCACUACUUUAGUGAUCUAAGCGCUCUUAUAUUUUUUUACAGAGGGAAUAUAAUUCAUCAACAUGUUAAUUAGUCUACAUGUCAGAAUCCAUUCUCUCCAUGCCCUACUUAACUUGCUCUUUGCAGAAUUCAUAUACUAUGUAUCGCAUGUAAAAAAAUAUGUUUAUGCAGAAGAUUUUUUUUCCUGAUGGUUAUACGUGCAUUGCACGUGCACGCUUACUAGUGGAAAGAAAGAAAACAUAAUUCUAUAUGGGCCGGCCCAUUCCUACCCUGGCCGUUCGAAAUCCGAAAUCCAACCUCUCGACCGCAGCAUGCAGCAGGGAUUCGAAAUCCGAAACGCCCGCGCCGCCCGUAUAGCUCGCGCACGAACGUAGCCAAGAAAUACGCCGUCUGCAUUAACUGCGCCUGCCUAUGCGCACAAGCCUGCCUGGUUUCAAAAUUUCAUCUUCUUCCCGAUCCAACUUCAACUCGUCCCGGCCAGGAGAGGAGAGGCCGGCGAUCGAGAUGCACGCGUGCUUCCGUGGCGGCGCCGGCGACAGCAGGGCCGCCAGGUCCAUCAGCGUCGUCAGGGGCUUGGCCAAGAACAUGAAGGCCAUGUCUCUCAAGGCGAAGGCGGCCGGGGGUGUCGGUCAUGCGCGGCCGCGGCGGAGGCAGCAGAAGGAGGCGGACCGUGAGCGUUACAUGGAUGGUUCAGGGCUGACGUCGGCCAAGAUCACGCCGGCGCAUCUGCAGGACGAAGCGGACGACCGCCGGCAUGAUCAUCUGCUGCACACGGAGGACCGGGACAAGUGCUGCUCUCCUUCGCUGGACGCCGACGACGAUGCGGCUGAGAAGGGCGACGACGGCGCCGACGAGUGGGUGGCGGAGCCGGAGCCGGGCGUGCUGAUGACGCUGGCGCCGCGCCCCGACGGCACCAACCGCCUCCGGAAGGUGCGGUUCCGGGACGAGCUGUUCGACGACUGGGCGGCGCAGAGCUGGUGGGCGGACAACCACGACCGCAUCGUCGAGCUCUACAGCCUUGUAACCCAGUCCGACGGCGAUGGCAACGACGACACACCUGCCACCCCGUGCCAGUCCGAGUCCGACGAAGAAGAAGCGCUGCCGGAUGAUGCGAUGGCGGCCGGCGAGCCGUCCAGCGGGAGCAGGUCGAGCGGCACGGCGGGGUCGCCGAUACUGGGCCUGGUCACCGCGCCCGACACCCUCAGAGGAUGCAAAACGCCACCAACAGUGACCUCGACACCUAAAGCGGUGGCGCCGGCGGCCCAAGAAGACGAGGAGGAGGAGGAGGGCGACAUCAGCGACCACCACCAGAGGAACACGCCGUGGAGCGAGUGGGUCGAGGAGUACGAGCCCGGCGUGUUCAUCACCGUCCGGGCCUACCCCGAUCACCCCCUGCAGCUCCGGCACGUCGAACUCAGCCGUGAGAAGUUCGGCGAGGUAAAGGCGAGGGUGUGGUGGCAGGAGAACAAGGACAGGCUGCGCAGCUUCUACUCCUUCUGAAGCUCUGCCCGCAUCCAUGUCCUCGGUCUGGUUACAGAUAAACAUACCAUGCUCAUAAUCAGCAUUGCAAGGUGAAGAAAAGGGAAUAAUGGAAUUAUGCUAGUACAUGCUACUGCACUAAAAAAGGAUUCAUACAAAUCAACAAAUACAGUACACGUUCUAAUUCUCUUUUUUUUUUUUGCGAGAAACCUAAUACUUGUUCCGGACACUUGGCGAAAUUGUGUCUGCGAUUCCUGUAAUGUUCUUCAGUUGUACUAGUACUUAGUACAUUAGUUCUCCCCUCCCAUUGAUCGACUGGUGAUGUGCAUAUGGUUUCUUUUCUUAUAAGGCUAGCCAUGGCAUAAAUUCUGUCCACACUCUUGUUCGCCUAGGUUCAGAGUUUCAGACAUAGUGCAUAGAGUUUCAGGCAUACAUACGUUCACUGGUAAAGUGAGUCG